AUGCCACGCCGCACUCUAGUCCAGGCUUCGCCACUUGAUCACAUUGACCUCAACGGUCAGGAUAGCGCAGUGUCUGAAUUAUUAGAUCAAAGGCUUGAAUACAUUGACGUUGUAUUCAGUGAGUCGGCAGACCGUAAGCCACAUGCCGAGUUUUCGCUAGAGGUAACGGCAGAUGCAGGCAUCGGGGUAAUUCGAAGCUGGACAAACCAAAUUAACCUAGGGAUGAAUCCCCAUCUUCUGCCGCGCCAAAACACCACAGAAUCGAUUACUCUCAACACUUCAUGUGGAUAUGGCAAGGAACUCCUUUCAUUUCGAUUCAGAGUCAAAGACAACCAUCUUACCGUGCGCCAGUACCUACGGGUUCUCAGGGGGGAUUCUGAAGAAACAGACCUAGCCAAGUUCGCGAAUGGCAGACCGUUCGAAAUUGGGUCCCAGCCGCGCGAUGCAACAAUGGGAUCUCGCGACUUUGUGACGCAAUGUAUGAUCAGGUGGGAACAGCACGGAAUGAUCUCCUGGGACGCUGAGGACACCCUACUACCACAUGGAGUCGGACCCCCCGAAUUCUGGUGCCCCUACGACUUCUUUAGCUUCAUCACAAAGCCGCAUCGCGUCGAAAACGGAGAUUAUCACCAUGAAGGACCCGAGAUCCCGAUGAAGAUGGGGAUAUGGCAUGCUCGGGUGAAUCAAUGUUUAGGUGCUGAUAUUCUCUAUGCGCCCGUGGACACAAGCGUAGACCUGGAAGGCAACCAUCCGCUAAUCCAGCAAGAUAAUAUUCCAACACCUCAGACAUAUCCGCUUCACGUAGAUCGACUACUCCCAGGUACAGGAUUUUUGGUACUCCCACUAGUCCCACCUGUGCCAGUCCCAUACCGACCGCACCAAGUGUUUGAAGGGCAGCAGCCAUCGCCGGAGCAGCAGCCAUCGCAGGAGCAGCAGGUAUUCCAGGGGUAUCAGCCAUGGCGGGCGCAGCAGGCAUUGCGCGAGCAGGAGGCAUUGCGGGAGCUGCAGGCAUUCCAGGAGCAGCAGGCAGCCCAGGUGGGGAUGUCACUUCAAUGGCAGCCGCCAUAUCAAGGCUCGGAGUCAGAAGAAGAGCAAGAUGAAUCCCCCUAG